UGUAACGAGGAAAGAAAGCAAAAAAACUCUCGUGUCAUUUUAACAUUAAAGAGAUACAUUCGAAACUUUCGCGAUGAUAGAAAGCCGAAAAGUUCUGAGGACUAAUUCAAAUCCGCUGAGAGAUCGCAGCUUUCAGAGCACCGCGAUAACGAGUUACUUCUUCGAGCUAGCAAUCUUUCGCAAUUUCGUAGACAAUCGCCGGGGAAUUCGAUGCACUUGCCGCAAUUGUCGGCGAUAAUCCGCCGACAAGGAACGGGCGACGACGGUCCUACUUGGGCGCUUCGAUGAGCUUCACCCGGCCGCCGUGAUAUCCCGUAAAAGGAUAGGCUGCACGCUGGAAGGCAGCCAGGACUCAUUCGAAAGGACGUGCCUGGAAGGCUACCAACUUGCUAAUGUGUCGCGAGCCGUGCGAGUGCCGUGCGAAACACACGUUACUCCAGUCGAUAGAGACUUCCGACUGGCCAGUUUUUUAUUCAGAAUUUCAUAAUUUCUAUUUUAAAUACAAAUUCUGAUCACGCCAUUGUUUGGAAGUCGAUUGGAAUUCAGCAGAAGAAGUGUAAUCACAACAAGAAGCAUAAGAACACCGGAGGAUGUUGACAUAGUAGGAUAUGAAAGCCCGGUAGCUGGAACCGGAUCAGCGACCUGAUUCGCACAAGGGAUUAGGAAGACGAAAAGCAGCAGGAAUAUAAACAACGGCGAUAUGACAUUUAAGUGGAUGAAGAUCACGAAAGUAUGAAGAUCCUCCCCCUUGGCAAGUCAAGAAAUCCUUCUCAUUCCAUCCAAGCGGUCACGUUCGAGAUUCCUUCGACAUAUCUUCGGUAAACCUUCUGGUGCGGCGAUCCGGCACAACCUGGAUCGUAAGCGACGCGAAGGGGAAGUUUGCCCAAUUAGCCCACAUAUAGAUCCGCCCAUGCCGUGGGGUGGCUUUCAACGGGAGUAUGCGCAGUGACAGGUGAGCGCAGCUUCUGGGGUUGGAGAAAAGGCAGAGCAGAGGAGGCAGCCCCGUUAACCCGUGGCGACGCGUCGGGUUAGGCACGUCGCGACCCCCGACGCCGAAACAUCAUCGGCCAUGAGACGGUCGGGUGCCGGUAACGGGCCACCAGUCUCGACGUUUUCGUUCGUACGAAUCCCGUCCUCUUCGUCAUCGCCUUGGCCGCGAUUUUUCUAAUCGAGAUUCUCGAUUAGAGAUCGCAACUUCUUUCGCGGUUGCGAAGCAGCCACGGACAUCCCUGCAUUCGCGGACAUCCGCACUAGAGGGAAUAUAUAUUUAAAGAGGCAACGAGAGGAGAGGGGACACUGAAUCUGGAGCACGAACAGGUGGUGCGGCAUCAGUCGAGCACUUGGGAGAGAUAUAUCGAGAGAAGUAACAGGUCGGUGGAAGCGUUACGCUGAAGAAACUCGAGAAAUUGGAGUUCCUAAGGUACUUACGCCACAAUAAACAUCCGCGCACGCUAUCACGCUGCUAUUUUCUCUACCACAACACCCUAUACAAGGUAUUCUGGACAAUCAAUAUUUAUUGCGGAGAUCGUCGAAAGGAAGCGUUCCUUUCUCAACAACCUGUGAUCAUGCUUAGCCCAAAGAUGCAAAGGACCGUGAGGGUGAACGAUUCGCAAUUGGUCAUGCUUUCGGAGAAAGCUCAUUACGAUCACUCGUUGACUGGAUACUUGCACAAGCGGACCGCCGACUCAGGAAAGUGGCAAUUACGAUGGUUCGUUUUAUAUCAGAAUGUACUGUUUUACUACGAAAAUGAAAGCUGUACGAGGCCCAGCGGCGUUGUUUUGUUGGAGGGCUGUUACUGCGAUCGUCUCAUCACCGCUAAAGGCAAAGAACAGGAUAAACAGUGCUGUUUCGCAAUAUCCUACAGAAGGGAAAAUCAACGGCAGUACGAGCUGAAAGCAGCCACCGAGUCCGACUGCAAAACGUGGAUCGAUGCUAUACGCGAUGCCAGUUUCAACAAAUUGCUGUUGCAAAAGGAGGAGCUCGAGCAGAAGCACUUGCACCUGUUGCAGAUCGUCGAGAGCGAGAAGACAGCUAAGUGGCAGUACACACAGCAAUGCGAGGAGCUUGCGUCGGAAAUAAAGAAGCUCCGGGCGGAACUGUGCACUUUGAAGAAGGAACUUAGACCCGUAGCAUCGCCGUACGCGACAAGACCAGGAGUUCAAAGGACCAUGUCUCAUGGAACCGGAAGCUUACAUAUCUUGGGCCCGUCGUUGGGUAACGACGAUCAUGGCACAGGAAUUUCCGGAUUCGGACUACGAGACAUCACGGAAGGAUCCAUCGAGAUGCAGAAGAUCAAAAAGGUUCAAAGCUUCUUCAGGGGCUGGCUGUGUCGUAGACGUUGGAAACAGAUCGUGGAGCAGUAUAUCAAAAGCCCUCAUGCAGAAAGUAUGCGCAAACGGAACAGCUUGGUAUUUCAAAUGGUGGAAGCUGAAGAGGAGUAUACAGAACAGAUGGAAAUUUUAGUGAGCUGUUUCUUGAGGCCUUUCAAGAUGGCUGCCAGUUCAAAGAAACCCCCUUGUAGUCACGAGGACGUGAAUAGUAUAUUCUUAAAUAGCGAAACAGUGUUGUUCCUCCAUCAAAUCUUUCUGAAAGGUCUCACUUCGCGUAUGGAAAGCUGGCCCACUUUAGUCUUAGGUGAUUUAUUCGACAUGUUAUUACCAAUGUUGUCAAUUUAUCAAGAGUACGUGAGGAAUCAUCAUUACAGUCUUCAGGUGUUAACUGAAUGCAAGCAAUCAUCACCCUCGUUUGCUGCAUUGCUUACUAGGUUGGAGAACAAGAAUGCUUGUGGGGGACGUUCUCUGGAGACUUUUCUAACAUAUCCUAUGCAUCAGAUUCCAAGGUAUAUUAUAACAUUGCACGAACUUUUGGCGCAUACUCCAUACGAUCACGUAGAACGGAAAAGCUUGCAAAAUGCAAGGCAACAGCUGGAGGAUUUAUCCAGACAAAUGCACGAUGAGGUCAGCGAGACGGAAAAUUUAAGAAAGAAUUUGGCCGUGGAGCGAAUGAUUGUCGAGGGUUGCGACAUUUUACUGGACGUUAAUCAAGUAUUCGUUCGACAGGGUACUCUUAUUCAGAUCAUAGAUAAACCAAAGGGAGCUCGAAGUAGAUUGAGCGCAACGUUCGGUGGCAAAGGAGGAGGCGAUAAGGAAGCAGCUAGGCAGUGCUUUCUUUUCUCGAAUCAUUUAUUGUUAACGACACGUCAAUCAGACGAUGAUGGUCGUUUGAAUCUGGUCCCACAAAUAGGGAAAAUACCUUUGUCCGAUGCGGUGUUAGUGGAGGAUCCCAACGAUCAGAGCACUGCGGAUGAUGACGAACUGUCAGUAUGUUCGAUGUCCAGCGGUAUCAGCGAGAGCAGCGGAAGUGGUAGCGGAAGUACCAGCACUCAGCUACAGAAUCGCGAUUUUAAAAUUAUUCUUGAUCUGAAAUCGGGUGGACCUCAAGUGACGGUGCACCUUGUAGCUCCUACAAUUCAGGAAAAGGCCGCCUGGAUCAGCGAUAUCAGCCAGUGCAUGGACAACGUACACUUCAACGAUUUACUUCGUGGCUCGUUGUCGGACACCAGUUCCGUCACGAUGCCUCAAUCAAUUAGAAACGACCCGAAGCUGUUCAAAGACGACGUGGAUAUCAGAUUUAGCAGGACUUUGAAUUCCUGCAAAGUUCCGCAGAUUCGUUCAGCCACGCCUGAACGUCUACUUCAACGUCUCACGGAUCUGCGGUUUCUUAGCAUCGAUUUUCUUAACACAUUUUUGUUAACUUAUCGAGUGUUCACCGAUGGUGUGACAGUAUUGGAAGCCCUGAAGAAGGUGUUUUACGAAGCUGAACCACCUGAUUCUGAAAUUCCCACUGGUUCUCUUGUAUCCUUGGAUGUGUUGGGUGGAAAUACGACGGAAGGACAAUUGCAUGUGGAUGACCGAAGAAGAAGUAGUAUCUCACCUCGAAGAACCAGCGGAGCUAGUUCCGUUUCCGGGUACGGAUCUGAAAUUAGCGACAGUCGUGAAGCAAGAAGUCACGCUUCCUGUGAUUCCAGCGGAUAUACACUCAAUUCGAAAGGAUUUUGGCGAAGUGGGUAUCAAAAAGUGGACGAGGAGCAGCCAUUAGGGAUGCUCACAGAACCUCCUCCAAUUAUAAAACGUAGUCCUACGAUACAGUCGUCCACUGCAUCCAUUGGUUCCCAGUCAUCAUCAACACCACACAAAAUCAGUAUUCGCGUGGAUAAAGAAAAGAAAGAAGAAGACGAUGGAUGCCACUUAACCAUACCAAAACUAAUUGCUGGUUCCUCCAGUUCUGAGACCCUUACAGAUAAUACUCUGAUAAGUGCACCAUCUUCUCCAAGCAAUCUGAGUUCUGUGACUUUAGUUGAGUCAACAGGAUCAGGAUCAGGUUCAGGAUCGGAUCGAAGCCCUCAGGAAGGAGGUACUUUUUCACGUGGUGUAUCUGAGGAUACUGAUACACCUGUAGCAUCGGAACCUCCAAAUGAUGUCGCGGAUUUCAGCUGCGACGAUUCCGAACCUGAAACUCUAAAAUUGUCAAAAGAAGACCGAACACCCCCACCUGAUACACCUCCACCUUCACGAGAGAAGCCUGCUGAAAUAAAUGAGAAAGAAACAAGUAAAAAAGAAAAAGAAAAGUACUAUACAAUGGAGAGUGAUAGCACUAGCUCGACUGUACAGAUUCAAUCUUCUCAACAAAUUCAACAGAAACAAUUCCAUCAUUAUGAGCACAGAGCAUCGAUUGCAUCUGCACCUGGUGCUACUGCAAGAAGCAGUUCGAUUUCUACCAUAACUGGAAAUUAUUGGGCAAGCAGACGAUCGAUUCAAGAAACCGAAAUGUCUUCUCAACAAGGCAAUUUCCAGCACGAUCAAGCGUCCAGUAAAGCUGGAGUAGUGAUAACCAGUUUCCGGCAAAGUCAUCGAAGCGUUCGACCUGAAGCUAUCUGGAGCAGCACAUCGACGGCUGCAACUGCAUUUGCAAUUGCAACGUCUGCGUCAAGCAACCCUCCAGACAAAGGGAUAGAUGGAAACAAUCGGUGCGGUUCUUGUCGUGACAAAAACAGACGAAAGGAAUCAGUCAUGUCAACUGCAGCCACUAUGCGGGUGUUAAAUGUUUUGAGGCAUUGGGUCUCGAAACAUGCUCAAGAUUUCGAGUCUGAUCAAAAAUUGAAGAAUCUGACGAUAGAAUUUUUGGAGGAUAUCAUUUACUGCCCUAAUUUGUUACCAGCUGAACACAAAGCUGCGAGCCAACUUCUUAGGUUGAUCACCAAGGAAGAACCAGAAAGCAACAAAGUGGAUCUUAAGAGACUGUUAACUCCUCCAACUGUGCAAACUAAGGAAAGUAUUGAAACAUUGUCUGCGUUAGAAAUCGCCGAACAAAUGACAUAUUUGGAUCAUAAGAUUUUCGUGUCCAUUUCCAGCGAGGAAUUCCUUGGCCAAGCAUGGAUGAAAACGGACAAGGCUGUCCGCGCACCCCAUAUACUUCUGAUGACAAAAAGAUUCAACGAAGUCUCGCAGUUGGUGGUUUCGGAAAUUAUUCGCCGUUCCAAUAUGUCUGCAAGAGUUGCAGCGAUUGAGAAAUGGACAGCAGUCGCAGAUAUCAGUAGAGUUUUGCACAACUAUAACGGGGUACUUCAAAUAUGUGCAGCUUUCACGAACAGCAGUGUCUUUAGAUUGAAAAAGACGUGGGAGAAAGUUUCUAAAACGACGAAGCAGACAAUCGAAAGACUUCAGACGAUCGUGUCGUCGGAUGGACGUUUCCGAAAUUUAAGAGAUGCCUUGCAUCGAUGCGACCCUCCUUGCAUCCCUUAUUUAGGACUAUAUCUAACCGAUCUUUCUUUUAUAGAAGAGGGUACACCAACCAUGACUGAGGACGGCCUUUUGAAUUUUUCAAAAAUGCGAAUGAUCGCUCACGUGAUUCGCGAAAUACGGCAUUUCCAACAAACGCCGUACAAGAUCGAAUUGAUAACAAAGGUAACGAACUACUUGCUGGACCCAUCGUUGCUUCUGAACGAGAAAGAUUUGUAUCGGAUGUCCUUGGAGAUCGAGCCGAGAACAUCCAGGCUAAGUAGUUCGGCAUUGAUUAAUUUGCCACCCUCUGCAAGCCACGCGUCAACAAAGUGAAUCUAAGUGUCAAGUUACUUCAAAUAAUUAUCUUAUUCUUCAGCUAGAUUUUAGAAUUAAAUGAAAAGAUCCAUAUUGAUUGUUAAACAUCUCGUCGUUGAGAGAAACGAGUAACCUUUAGAACCAGGCCUGGUCAACUGGACCCAGUACUUUGACCUUCUGAUCCAGCUGGAAGACAGGAUAAUUAAAGAAUGGUAAAAAGACUAUCUCUAAUUUUUUUUUCUAUUCUCUAAUUAGAGAUGGGCAUAUUUAUUUCGAUUUAUUUAAUCCUUUCACUAUUAUUAGUGCAAAGGGGUGACAUUUCAAAAAAGAAAGCUUGCAAUGGAAAUUUUCAUAUAACAAUUUAAAAUAGAAAUUUUUAUUUUGUUAUACGAAUAAUGCCCAACUCUGCUACUGAUAGUUAUUGCCCUUUCAGACAUAGUUAAGCUGCCCCAAGGGUGAUCGAGUUGUCCAGGUCUGUUUUAGAGGUCUAAAAUGCGAUUUAAUCUUUCUACGAAUAGUAGUAUAUGAAAAAAAAAAAAGAUCGUCUCGUUUACCUGGUACCGUGAAAGAUACGCCAACAUACGGUAGUCAUAGUAAGAAGAGUUCAAAUUUUUAACCUCAAUGUUGAUUCUUUACGGAUUUUACAAAACAUGAUCCUCGUUCUUUGAUCGCAAGUAUCGAUUGAUGUUUCACUGAAAAUUGUAAAUCCACAGCCGGAUCUGAGACGAGGGUGUAUCCUAUAUUUCCUCGAGGUUAUUCGAAAGUAGACGUCCCAUGUUUUCUCCCUUGCGAAUAGUAAUGAAACGAGAUCGUUUUGUGCCGGACUGGAGCCGAUGCAUUUUUAAAACCCCGUCCAUUUCUGUCCACUCCCGCUCGUCGUACGCAGUAACGUCCGUCUUUCUGUAUCUCAAACUCGUGAAUUUCAAUGUACAUUUACGUCGAAUCCACGGGACACGUAGUUGAGUUUCUUUGAAAAGAAAAGAAAAUACCUGAAAUUGACAUAUAAGAGAUGUGUUUCUUUAAGUACGGUCUAUUUUGAAAUAAGAAAAAAUUAGGACAGCUUGAUAUUUCCACAUUUCUUUAAAAUUUAGAAUUUUCUCAUUUAGCAAUUAUACAUAUUAAUUUUUAAUUUUUUAUGUUUUCUUACAACCAGAGUAUUAAUAUACACAAAUUAAUCAGAUAUUUCAAAAUGGAUUUUGCUUAGAAAAUAUACAGGGUGUAUCAUAAUAUUUUAAAUUAUUAUUUUAAAUGAAUUUGAAAUAAUGAUAAAUCUUUAAUAACGACGAUUAAUUAUUUUACACAAAUGAAUCAACAAUUAAAAAAUUAAGGCAUCAAAUUAGAUCGUACAGUAUAUAGCAUAGUAGGCUUCUCUAGGGAAAAUGACGUUACAGGAGAAGCAAGAAUUUUCAAAAUCUUAAUUUUGACGAUAUUAAUAUUAAAAAUGAUUUAGAAACAAAAUAAUACUAUUUUCAAUUAUUAAAUACUAUAAAAUUUAUGUGUCUUAAAUCGACUACUAAAAUUAUGUACACAUAUUUUGGUACAGCCUGUAUAUUAUAAUGUUAUUAGAAAUCUUUUCAAUUGGAAUCGAGAUUAUUUCUAUAGGAACGCGGGAUCGUGAUACAAUAUUGAAUUGUCCUAUAUUCCGAUGGAUUUGCACGUGAUACAUUCUUGUUUAUUUUGUUAUAUUACAGUUAUUGCAGUUAUCAAAAUGUAUACAUCGUCCAGAGACGACGUUAAACCGAUGGACGCUGUCAAUAACACUGUAAAAAAAAUACGAUCUAUUUAAAGGGGGUGGAGAUUAUGGAAGGAAAAAAAGAACCUGAGAGAUUUUCGAGUAUGGAUUUUUAUUUAGCAUAGCUCAAUCGAGCAGUAUUACUAUUUGAAACCACGAGAGUUCAAAUGAAAAAUUGAUAUUUAAAAUAUAAUACUAGAGAGGAUGAUUAGGUGAAAAAUCGAAGAUUGUAUUUGACAAUCAAUAGCUUAAUGACUUGAUAUUGCCUUGAGUCAACCUUUUUUAUUCAUGGACUGACCGGAAUUUUUCUUUUCUCCUCUAAUGCACAGAAUUUUUACCGAAAUGUACAAAAUAUUUGUCUAUGUUAUAGUAACGCAUAAGCUCGUUUAUUUAUUUAUCCCAGAAGUACGUGUAAAGAAUUUAUCGAUAAUAACGCAAGUACAAAUAAUCAAUUUGCAUAUUUUUCAUUUGAUUUGACACGUGGAAAGUUUACCUUCAAGCAUAUCAAUAAAUACGUAUCUAACUUUUAAAUCGUGAUACCUUAAGUAUCGUUGUUAAAUAAUAAUUUUGACAAUUGGACAUUUACAUCGAUUAUUCUGUUAUUUUCGUUUAUUCAAACAGAAAAGUGUUCGAGUUAUAGUAAAUUGCUGAAUCAAAGAUAAAGAAAAGGAGAAGUUAUCAAUUUAGAAUUGAAUUUCUUAUCAUGCAAUGAUGAAUUUAACGAGAAAGUGAUUAUCAGAUUGAGAUAUAUAGUACUUGAAAAAUUAAGAACAGAGGAUAGUGUCUUCUCUUCUAUCUUAUAAGAAUCAUUAGCCAAAGGUAUAGAGUAACACCUCCGUGAAAGACUUUGUUUCAUUUGAAGAUAAUGAUUGUAAUGAGCUUCAAUCAACCGAGGGAAUAACCUACGACCCUUGUAGCUUUUUUAUCUAACAGUAGAAUAAUGUAAAAUAAUUUUAAUCGUGUUACGUAGCAAAUCGAAUAUUAGCUUUUUAUUGCAAUAAUUUCCAUUCGAUGGCAAAAUUAUCAUAUGUUAUUUAUUUUAAUUAUUAUUUCAUAAAGUUCUGUUAUUUUGUUUUUAUAUUGAUUCUGCACAUAUUGGGAAAAAAAUGAAAAUGAAACGAAGUAUGAAAAUUUUAAAAUUGAUCUUUGCGAGCCACUUAUCUAGAAAAAAAUGUAAAUCUGAAAAUUAUUCGUGGUUUUUCUGUUCGUCAUAAAGUAUCUAGACUGUAAUCUACUUGUAUAAAUAUCUGUGAUGGAAGAAAAGUAGUUAUUUUAAAUACUAAGCAAAUACUAAGUGCUAAAUGUUAUUAAAAGUCGAACGGACUAUAAUCUGCGUGAUCUGAAAACCAUGCAUAAAUUUCAAUUUCGUCGGUGAUAAAUAUCCUGAUUGAAUAAAAAAGGAAUUCAUUGAUCUGAUUAGGUGUUUGAAAAUAGAUAUGCAGAUAUAUUUGUCGAUGGUGAAACAGGUCGAAAUGAAUUAAUACUUCGUGGAUUAAAUUAAAAAAAAUGGUUCAAUCCUAUUUUGCAAUGCUAUUUUCUCUAAUCACAUUAUUAAUUAAAUAAUUACUGUAUUAUUAACGACGCUUAGUCCCAAAUUCAAUCGGGAAUCAUUAUAUUAAACUUAUGCUUAAUAUUUCAUGAGAAUAUUUUAUCACAAAUUGAAGUCUAAUCAAUACCUAACUUAACUGACGUGUCAAUUGGCAUCUCUGAUCAAUAAGCUAUUAAUUACGAAUAUUGAUGUAUACAUGCGCAUGAUAAAAGUCUAAAAUUGUAUAAAAAUAUCUGAUAUUAUACAUCCAAUAAUAUCAUUUCUCUUUAUUAUUUUGAAUCAAUUUAAAGUGAAAUUGAUAUUUCAUCAAUUAACAUCAUUCCAUGUUUUACUUGAAAAAAUCUUCAAUUUGUUUGUUAAUCCAAUUUGCAUCAGAAAUUAUUUUCCUCUAAACUUUCUAUAUUUCAACAAUAUUUCAACAAUAAAAUAUUCUAAUAUAGUACCUGGAGCUUCUAUCAAGUGAACAACAAUUUUGGAAAAUUUCUCAUAAAUUAAUAUUCAAAUAAUUUAACAAAACAUAUCAUUACCACUUUUAUUUAACAAUCUAGUAAAGAUAUCAAAUUCUAUAUUUGAAAAACUAUCACUAUCACUAAGAAUACGAAUAUAAUAAAUUUAAAUAAAAAGAUCCUUUAUUCCAUCGAAAGACAAUCUAUUCCCGAAGUUUAUCAUCGUUAACUAAUGUGCCAAUUUUAUUUUGAAACUGUAAAUACAAUGUUACUAUAACUCAAAGUGUAUAAAUUUCGCAUAACCAGAAUAGAAGAAUAUUUUCUGCUAUAAUAUGUAUAAAAAUGAUAUUUGCAGUGUGUCAAUUACUUGCUUUUAGUUAAAAUUAUUCAUCCACAGAUAUACGACAUUUUGUUUCCAUUAAAAUCCACACGUAUUUGCACACUGUAGUUCAUGUUUGUUAUAUCAGCAUAGGUGACACAUAUUUCUGUACAUAUGUAGUAUCUUCAUCAGCACACCCAUAAACAAAUCUAGACGGAUGUAGAGCAUAUGAUAAUUUAGGCACUGGUAGUUAAUUAUUGUUGUUAUCGAUAGAUUCCAUAGAGCAAGUGUUGAGCAAUGAUAAAAAUGAUUGAACAUCAUUGUUGUAAAAUUGAGUAAGAAGAAAAAUCAGUCUAUUUAAAUCAAUAUAAAUGAUUAUGGUGUAUUUAAAAAGAAAAAUGUUACAUUAGUACGAGAGUGUCUAAGAAACGUUAGCUUAAUGUUAGAUCUUGAAUCACUUAUCACUUUUUCGCAAUAAUAACGUUUACAUGAAUAUUUACAUGGGAGGUCGUUAAACACGAAAGUGUAUUAUUUUCUUUGAAAGAAAGGAUGAAAAGCUAUAACAGCGGAACGGUCAACGCAUAUAUUUCAUAAAAUAUGGAAAGCCUGAAAUCUAUGCAACAUGCGAUUUGCUUUUAAUAUCUUGAAUCGUCGUAACUCGAGAAUAUUUCAUCAGGAUGGUACUUCAAUUUAGGUCGUUGAAUUUAUUGCGAUUUGCACUGCUAGCUUUCACGGUAAUGGAAAAAAUCACGUUCCAUUUAAAAAAUAGCUUCGAUGCUUCGUGAAAGGAAUAUAACGAUCAAAGUCGGUUACGUACAUCAUAUGCAUUCAUUAAAGUUGAAUAAAAAGAGAAGAAGCGUUUAAACUGCAUUUUUGUUUUCUCCUGCGAAGAGGAACGAUAAUUAUAACAUAGAAUGGGAUGGUUUGUUCUACUUAAAGAAAUUAAAACUUUCGGUGAUAUAUGAAUUUUUAAUUCAAUGCUGCGAUGAACAGUGGAAUAGCAACAAAUAGUAUUUAGAAAUACUUAGAAAUAGAACAAAACUUGAAUGAUAUUUUUGUUUUUCUAUUUACAGAACAUUUAUUAUAAAAGGUAAUGAGUUAAUUCAGAAAUGUUUUAAUUUAUUUCCAAAUAUUGAGUGUCAA